UUUCUUUUCGGUCUAGAUUCGGUUCAUUUUCGGCAAGAUAUAUUGGUCAGCUUCUACUAAGGUCUCUGUGGUCGUCUGUCAGGCUCCAAAAUGGCGGAGGGAGGGAAUAAUUUGGAGUCGUCUUUAACAAAGAGUUCUUGCCCCGGCGUUCCACUUAAAGUGAUUCUUCUUGGCGUGAAAGGGGUUGGCAAGACGACUUUGUUUCGUCGUAUUUUUCGUUUUCUUAAGGAAGACCUUUCUGACGAAACUYGUAGUAAAAUCAAAGAUUCAGAUUUUACUCAUCGCAUCACAGUCGAUGAUGGGAAAACAGUACAGAUGUGUCUGUGGGAUACUGCUGGAAUGGAGGGUAAUAGACAUGAAGCAAACAUGACACGGUCAUAUUACAUGGGGGCGCAAGUGGCUCUCUUGGUAUAUAGUGCUGAUGACUGGGAGAGUGUGGAAGAUUUGAAAGACUAUGUGGACGAGGUUCAAAAUCAUGCACCAGGAGCCAAGAAGUUACUAAUAAGAAACAAGGUUGACUUACCCACAGCAGAACAAACUGUUAAUGAAAAAGAAGUUGAUAGUAUGUUUAGAAAACUUGGCCCUUCUUAUGUACCAACUAGGAAAUUGAAAACGUCUGCUUUAACAGGUACAGGGGUCAAAACCCUUCUUAAUGAUGUUGGUGAACAACUUCUCAGGCAAGGCUCUAUGAAAACUGAUCAAAGGAGUUCUUUUCAAGUAUAUAAACCAGAACCAAAACCUAAAAAACAAAGUUCAUGUUGUUAAAGAGCUUAUUUCUUAUUUCAAUCUUUACUAAAGGAGGCUACACACUUGGCCUUUUUCAUAGUUAAUAGAGGGGGACUCUAUGACCUUUUUCUAUGUAAUACAUACAAUACAUAUGAGAGGCCAAUCUUAUGGGAAUUACAGCAAGAACACUCAAACUGUGAACAAUUUGAGUUUUUUUGUCACUUUUUUAAAAUCAUUGAGCAUUCUAUUAAUCCAUGGCCAUUCCUUGAGCCAAUUGAUUGCAGGCUGUCUGCAGCCGAGCAUAACUGGUUUUAAGGUAUUAAUGAGACUUAUAGUCAGGUUGCAUGCAGGCUAAUUAAUUGGAAAUAAGAUUCAUUUUUAUCACUUGCUGUAUUAAUUUGAGCUCAAUGCUUCAUUAAUAGUCUGAAAAAACUUGAAGYGUUCUGAACAUGGUUCGAGAAAAGGUGUUUUAAAGCUCAUUCAGAUUGGAUGAAAAUGGUAUAUUUUCUAUUAAAUGUCUAGGAUAGUGAUUUCUAAUCAAUGUUCGAAUAUAAAACUUUUGCAACUGAAUUAAGUCAGUUUGAGAAGAUCCAUGUUAAAGUUGCCAGAAUGCAAGUGAUGAAUUUGUAUUUUAAGUAAGUACUUUAACGAGGUCGACUUUUAUAUGGCGUUUAUUGUAAUAAUUGAUUGAUUUUUCAUAAUAUUAUUUUAUAGGAAAUUGUGGGCAAUAGGAUCUCCCUCUAUUCCUAAUUUCCUUCAAGGUAUAUUUUUUAAAUGUUUGUACUGCAAAUUUCACAGACCAAUGGUUAAAAAAUGUAUAAGCUAGCCUUGCUACAGUUUGCAUUUUUAGUCCCUGAGAAUGGCCACAAAUGUCCACAUUAAAAAAGAAAUUUUAUACCAAGAUAAAUGAAAUAUGAUGUGAAGUAUAUUUCUCUCUUGAAUAUAUUUUGUCUAUUGUCAGUUUCUUGGUUGGUGACUGAGUGUAGUAUAUGCUGGAGCCUUGAUGGCUGCAAUAGCAGCAUGAUGUAAAAUGUUUUUACUAAUUACAAUGGAUUUCACAUAACUUUUGAACAUUGGGUUCCGAAGUUUGUUCCGAAGUUCCAAGGUUUGUCAACAAACUUCAUAACGAAUAAGGAAUAACUGAAGUUCAAAACCAAGUCUGGAAUGUUCGUUCCAAGUUUGGGAACUUAACUACUAUUUUCAUAAACAUGCAAACUCUGUAGACUGAGCUGCAUGCUGCAAUUGGGUUUUUUACUGUCACCAAUUCAAAAUAUCAAAGGUACUGACUGAUUGGUUUUGAUUGACAGAAGCGAAAAACCAAAUUCCAGCGUGCAGCUCAGUCUACAGAGUUAAGUUCCCAAACUUGGUACAAACAUUCCGAACUUUGUUUUGAACUUCAGUAAUUUGAUUCAAAUUUUGUAAAGAAUAUAAGAAGUUUGUCAUCAAACUUCGGAACUUCCAAACAAACUUCAGGACCUGAUUGUCAAAAGUUAUGUGAAAUCUACUGUGAAUAAAAAAAUUUUAAGCCUCAAA